GGCCACAGAAUUGUUACUCAGGGACAGACAGAAUUGUUACUGAGUGCCAGAGAAUUGUUACUUAGGGCCACAGAAACGUUAUUAGGGCCACAGAAUUGUUACUCAGGGACAGACAGAAUUGUUACUGAGUGCCAGAUAAUUGUUACUUAGGGCCACAGAAACAGAAUUGUUACUUAGGGCCACAGAAACUUUAGUUAGGGCCACAGAAUUGUUACUCAGGGACAGACACAGAAUUGUUACUGAGGGCCACAGAAC